AUGGAAAAUUCUUCUACUGAAAUGAUUUUUUUCCUCAGUGGUUUGAAUGACACAAGACGAAACAAAUUGAUUUAUUUUUUCUGUUCCUUUUUCAUCUACUUGUUCACAAUUUUUGUGAAUAUGACUCUGGUUGUGACUGUUAUGCUGGACAGAGUUCUGCAUGAGCCCAUGUACAUCUUCCUGUGUAAUCUGUGUCUCAAUGGAAUUUAUGGUGCUACAGGUUUCUACCCCAAGAUUCUGCUGGACCUCCUAUCAGAUUCACAUAUUAUCUCAUACAAUGCAUGUAUAACUCAAAUUUUUGUGGUCUAUUCUUAUAUUCUAUGUGAGCAGGCCAAUCUGACAGUGAUGGCUUAUGACAGGUAUGUCGCAAUAUGUAAACCCCUGGAGUAUCAUUCCAUUAUGACCCCGGGGAAGGUGAGGAAAUUACUCCUGGUACCCUGGCUGUUAUCUUUUGUUGAGAUUUUAAUUUCAGUUCUUCUAAUCAUCAGGCUACCUUUGUGUGGAUCCAAGAUAAAAAGGCUUUAUUGUUCAAACUGGGAUGUGCUGAAGCUCUCCUGUGUAGAUACCAGUGUUAUUCAUCUAUGUGGAUAUGUAAUGGUUGGUACUCAUUCGAUCCAAGCACUAUUGAUUGUAUUCUCCUACUUCCACAUCAUCAAGACAUGUGUGCGAUCGAUAGCAGAACAGAACAAGUUCAUGGAGACCUGCCUGCCCCAUCUGAUCACUCUGGUCAAUUUCUCAUUGUCUGCUGUAUCUGAUGCAGUUGUUGCAUGGUUUUUUUCCAACGGAAGUCUGCAGGCUCUCAGUAAUGUCCUCUCUAUAGAGUACCUCGUGACUCCUCCCCUGUUGAACCCCCUCAUUUAUGGCCUCAAGCUGAAACAGAUUCGUCAGAGUGUCUGGAGGCUGCUCAGCAGGAAAAUUAAUGCCCUGACAUAG